CCACAUUGUUUGUACUGUGCGUUGAUUGUAUCUAAAUAAUCAAUAAGAUUUUUACAGUUCUGUACGUAAGCAUCACAUAAGACAAUUUCUAUCAUAUUAAGGCUAUUCCUCGCCUUUUUGUCUAAAGAGAGAGCAUUGCUUAAAGUUUCCUACAAAAGUUCUUUAAUUACAGAGUCUGCUCCCCCACUUAAGAAGGUACAAGCAAGUACUAUCUAUAACAAUAUGCGUUUUUGUAUUCAAAAGGAAAGAAUUGCCCUUUAAUGUGGAAGUAAUACCUUGGUGGUAACCCUAAAUGCUCGGUGGCGCCUUCCUGUCGAUGUCAAAAAGAUGCCACAAUAUUCUUGUAGAGCUAUAAAUUCAAUACUUUGACGAUUCAAUGACAAUUAGCAAUGUCAAACCAUGGCAAUUGGCAACAACAACACGGUGCUUUUCUUUAUCAUGAAUGCAUUGCAUUGGCAACAAUUUUUCGUGUUUUGUUUACUAUGGAAAUGUCAAUGAAAACUUGAACUUGACUUAAACCGCUUUUCACAAUAUAACGUAUCAAAUAUUACCCUAGUAUUAUAUUUUAAUAUUGACUUUAUAGCGAUAGGAAUCUCUACCACCCCUCUCAAAAAGUUAAUAUAAUAACAUGGAAGGCAGUGGCGAAAAUUUAGACUUUAGUAGAUUAAUAAAUGUACGAGGCAAUGUUGAUAAUAUAACACCUCACAAGAUAGCAGUCGUUGCUUUUAUUAGAGAAUAUGGUUUAUUAAAAAUUGAAGCGAAAACCAUGAUUAACUGCACUAUGGCACCUAAAUAUAGAAAAGACUUUUGUAUUUUAGCCCUGAAAUUAAUUCAGUGCCCAGAUAUGGAUUUUAAGGAUUUAGAGACACUUCUUACGGAUGGACGGUAUAAUUUAUUAAGUGUGCACUUGGAAAAUUUCUGUGUUCGUCUCAAGAAUAUACAUGUUAAUGGUAUAAGUGCUUUGAUGGACUGCGUUACUUCAACUAUUGAUAAGUUGAUGAUAGAACAAAGUGAGACAAACCCUUGUACUAUCACAAGAUGCAGUGUUUUAGGUUUCUACUUGAGGAGGAUAAUGUUGCAAUUGGAUAAACUUACUUUUGUGCAAGUAGUGUCCCUGUAUAAAUCAUUUUGUGUGUAUUAUCAAAAAGGUCGACCGGGUUUGAUGAUGAGAUCCCUAAGCAAGGAGAGAUUAAAUCAUAUGGAAUCAACAGUUGGUGUGCCGUGUACAGGUUCACCUUCACUACCAGAAGAAACAAAGCCACAAGAAGUUUUUACAAGAAUGAAUUUAAUUGAAAGAGACAACAGCCUUGAAGAAUGUCAGUGGUCAAGGAAACAAGCAGAGUUAUUUACAGCUCAACAAGCUAAUUUAUUACAGAUAAAUGAAAGAAAAGCACUUCCUCCUAAACAACUACAGAAAACUAUAAUGCAGAUCAUGAAUGAUAUUCCAGAUUAUUCAGACAUUCAUUUUCUUAGUUUCCUAAACUGCAUGAGGAUGAAGGAAUUUUGUGGUGCUCAAGACUCAUUAUACAAUUGUUUCGACAGAACCGUAUUUAAUAUCUGUAGCAGUACAAAUAACAUGAAUGAUAAAAAUAAAAAUUUUCGAUAUGCUGCUCUGAAUAGAGCUGCUAUGCACACACAGUUUGGUCAUUUGUAUGUAUGUUUUUACCUGCACUUCGCGCCGCUGCGGCUGCAGGCGAUGAUCCUGAUGUCGCAGGUGCAGCUGUCCUACAGCGCCACGCAGUCCACCAACGUGUUGCUGUUGAACGAGGCGCUGUCGUGGGCGAAGAAGUUCCACUUGCACUACCUGGCCGCCACCGUCGAGAUGCACAUCGCCAACGUGCAGCUGCAUAUGGGCUGCGCCAAGAACGCCCUGCUGCUCGUCAGGAAAGUCCUUCCGCUGGUGAUGGCGCACGGCAGCGCUUACGACAUGGCCAGAGGAUUGUUGCUUUAUACAAAAUGCCGCAUCGCGACCGCUCCGCCCUCGGGCGAGGCUCGGAUACAAGUAUUUCAAUCUUGUUGUGAAGCUCUCGAGUCUGUGAAGGAGAACUUUUGCAAAAUUGGCGCACAAGUUAGGUUGUUACAGACGUGGUACAUACAGGCACAAUUGUAUAACGACGUGGGAAAUAUUGCAGCAAGAAAUCAAUGCGCCUGGAUGUACCGACAGUUGGAAACACAAAAUCCAGUCGACCUGUCCAAUAUGUUACAUAUUAUGUAUUAAAAAUAUGUUAAUACCGUUUUUAAAUGAUCUUUCAUACACU